AUGAACGCCUUACUUGAGGACAUACGAAGCGCACUGAGCAGAGGCGACGGGAUUAAGGCUUUGCUUCUCGAUGAGCUCACGCGGAAUGCAAUAAGUCCUGUUAUCUCGCACUCAGAGCUCUUGUCGUAUGACUUUUUUCUUUUUGAAACUAUUUCCAGUGCUCGGCAGCCAAUUGAUGUCUCGUGCAUCGCCAUACUCAGCAAAAACAGCCUGUGCGAUCUCAUCAAGGAAGUGGAAAGACAGACAUACAAAGAGUACUACGUAUUCAUAACAGACGAGCUAUCAGAUGCAGAGAUAGCCAUGAUCGCAAAAAAAGACACAGACGGCGUGAUAAAAGAGCUGCAGGAACUCUACUUUGCUGGAGUGCCUGUGGACAGCCGGUUUGUGAUACUCAAUGGAACUGACCCCCAGGAGGUAGCGCAUUCUCUCUCCUGUUUCCUCAAAGGGCUCAGCAUAGUCCCUGGAAUACGAUAUUUAUUUGGCUCUGAGGUGUGCUAUAAAACAGCUGCUUUCAUUGAAAGUUCGUUUAAAUCAGAUAAAAAAUCAAAUGCUGAUCUUUUGAUUGUCGAUAGAGCCAUGGACUUAUUCACACCCCUGCAGUAUCCGUGGACGUACCAGAGCAUGGCAGCAGAGUAUCUGGAGUACAAGCCGGGCAUGAUCUCCUGGGGAUCGAACAGCCUCUGCAUUUCUCGGGAUGACACUUUUUUCAGUGACUGCAAAUUCAAAGACAUUCAGUACGCAACCGACACACUUAAGAGAUCCCUGGAGGAGGUGAAGGCAUCGCGUGAAGUCGUUGGCGAGUUUGUCACGAAUGUUCGAGAAAGGGCGAGAGAAAGCAGUCGCUUAACUCUGCACCUCAAGGCACUCGGUGAAAUAUCCAGUGCGUGCAUUGAAAACGAUUUUGUGUCCGAGACAAUGGCUGAUUUGAUUGAAGGAGUGCCGCUCGAUCUACUGGAGCAGGUGAGAGAGGCAACAGAGCAGCAGAAAAUAAGACUGGCCUUUGUUGAAUAUUUGUGUGCUGAAGUGCUCCCUCAUAGCAGCAUCCUAGCUCCUUUCUGGAAAGAGAAAAAAGCAAAAUGGAUGCUGUCCGAUGGAUACAAAAACGAAAUAAAAAAAUAUGCAGAGAUGCACUUGAAAGACAGGAAUCUAUGCACCAAACGGCCUGUCUACCAGAAGAACCAGAACAGAAAGCUGGGGUACACUCCAGAGAUAGUAAGAGUUGUGAACAACCUGAAAAACAACAGGCUGAGCAGCAAAAGAUUUCCGAUUAUCAGAGAAAGCCCGCAGGAAAAAAAAAUACUUAUUGUUUUUAUCACAGGCGGUGCCACAUUUAUUGAGUAUAGGUCGCUUGUGCUUCUAUUUAGCGAGCUGUACCCUAAGGAGGAGGUAAUACUGGUCAGCGAUAAACUCGUCACUGGAAAGAGCUUUGUUUCUGACAUUCUGAAGGAGAUGCCCAGUAGUUCUAGCGGGCUUAAUAAUAAAAAAUGUGCAAACUAG